AGCACCGGCCGGGCCGGGAGUGUUGUGGUUGUGAGAGCGGGGCAGCCAUGCCGGGCAACGGGGACAGGCCGAAUGAAGGCGACAAAGAGGAGAUGGCGGCGGCGGCGACAACAGCGACAGAUGUGCCGAGGUCCCACACUGUCUGUGAGGGCCACCACGUGGUCCUAAAGCGAGACGACGUGUUCAAAGCAGUGCAAGUGUACAGGAGGAGAAAAAUCAUCUUUGAGAAGCAGUGGUUUUAUUUGGACAACGCAAUUGGACAUAAAUAUGGCACGACUUUUGAGGUUUCUGUUGGUGGAGUACUCCAACCACUUAAAGCAAAAUCUGAAGAAAUUGAAGGUAAUGACAAGCUUAAUGAAGCUGGUGUUGAUAACCGAAACAUAAUUGAUGACGGAAAGUCUCAGAAGCUGAGCAGAGAUGACAUUGAGGCACUUAAAGACCAAGGCUUGAAAGGGCAGGUUAUUGUUAAACAUCUGAUAGAAAACAGCACAACAUUUAGAGAUAAAACUGGAUUUGCUCAAGAAAAAUACAUCAGGAAAAAGAAGAAAAAAUAUGAAGCAUUCAUAACGAUCUUGAAACCCACUACAAGAAUAAUGGCCAUGAUGUAUCAUUGCCGUGAGCCAAGUAAAAUUUGCCAUUUACGGUAUGACACCCUUGCUCAGAUGCUCGCUUUUGGGAAUAUCCAUGCUGGCUGCAAAAUAAUUGUAGCAGAAACUUGUGCUGGCCUGGUACUGGGCUCUGUAAUGGAGAGGCUAGGAGGUUAUGGCUCUGUUAUCCACAUGUAUCCAGGCAGCAUGCCUAUCAGAGCUGCAAUGGAGAACUUUGGAUUUCCAAACUCAUUUUAUGACCACCUGCACGACUUUCCCAUCAACCAGUUGAACUGUCUUCUUUCUGGGAGUUUUUCAGCUGAGAAUGAAACGUUACAGAAUCAAACCAAAGUAGUGUCGGGAGAAGAUAAUAGGAGCCCUCUGAGCACACAGCGGGGUGAUGGGGUUCCUUGUGCCGAGACCAUGAUGGAUAUCACCCAAGCUGGGGAAACUGAGGCCAAGGAUGUUGCUUGUGAGGAGACAGAAAAUAAAGACCAAAAUGCAGUUAGAAAAUCCAAUGUCGUCGAAAGGAAAAGUAAGCAAGAAGAUCGGCUGAAGAAACUACAGGCUGCUGCUGCUGCGCUUCAGGAGAGAAAUGCAGAUGGGUUAAUUAUUGCAAGUCGGCUUUAUCCUAGUCCUUUACUGCUUUCUCUUCUGGAAUUUGUGGCACCAUCAAGACCAUUUGUUGUCUACUGCCAAUACAAAGAGCCAUUGCUCACAUGCUAUGCAGAUCUGCGAGAAAGAGGUGGAGUUAUUAACUUGAGGCUGUCUGAAACAUGGCUAAGAAGUUAUCAGGUCUUGCCAAAUCGAACCCACCCCAAGCUGGCAAUGAGUGGAGGUGGUGGUUAUAUCCUGACUGGUAUCACUGUUGCUAUGGACAGAGGCAAAUCUGUUGCUAGUAUUCCUGAGCCACAGGAGUUCGCAGCUAAAAGACAAAAAGUGGAAGAAUCUAUAAGUUAGCUGUCCAUUGUUCCUGCAAGCAUUGCUGAUUACCCAGAAGCUGCUCGACACCGGAGCACAUUGUAAAGUUCAAGCCACAGGUUUUGGAAACGGCUGCACUCUUAUGCUGAUGUAAAAAAGAAAUUGUGCUCUUUGAGAUGAAGGUGGUAAUAGCACACUCAAUGCAGUGAAAUGUAUAAAUAUAUAUCAUUGUAAAAUAUUUUUGUGCGUCGAUUAAAAUGGGGAUGAAAGGGAAAGGAAUUAAGUAUUUUGAAAAUUGUGCCAGUGUUGAAGUUUAGCUUAAGAGAAUAGAUUACAGAGCUCUUAUAUUCAUAGUGCUCUGUUUGAUUUUUCCAUUUGUUUUAUCCUGCCUCUAACUUUCAAAAAUGCAAGUCCAAAUUAAUCAGGAUUUGUUGAGACCUGGAAAGAUGCAACAAAGAAACAUGCCCUUUGGCCCAUCAAUUCAAUGUUGGCCUAUCCCCCCCCCCCCCACAUUAUACCAUUCUGCCAGACACUCGGGAACAAUUCAAAGUAGCCAAUUAAUCUCUCAAACUACAGAUAUGUGGGGUGUGGGAGGAAACCAAAGCACUCGGUGGAAAUCCAUGCGGUCACAAGGAAAACAUGCAAACAUCAUACAGACAGCAUCCAAGGUCACACUGGAGCUUUGAGCUGUAGGACAACUCGCUGCACCAGUAAUUUAUUUUUUAUAUUUCUGUGAAACAAGUUAUGGAAACUAAUUUACUGUACUGAUCGUUUUUUGCUCAGUAUUUUUACAGUGAUUUUAUGUAUAAAUGUUAUUGCUUUCAAGAGCAAUUUAACCACAUUUAUCUCAUCAUUGUAAUCAAUAAAUAUAAUUACUUUAGAUAUUUUAAACACUUUUUAAAAUGUAUUCUGCACGUGUUGCUGUCUGAUAUGGCCAAUUUGUUUUUCAAACUGCAAGGAUGGAAAUACAGGUAUAACAUUUCUUCAUUGUAGAUCUUGUUACUUUUUAAAUUGUAUUUAUUCUUUAACCCUUUUUUAAAUGCAGGUUUUAUAAUCAACGUGCAUUUUUAGAAAGCAAAUUGUGGUCCGAACGUUAGCAUGCGUGAAAACCUGUACCGUUAAGUUGCUUUGAGUUGAAAACCAUGUUACCAAAUUGUAUUAGAUAUACUUUAAUUUUUAAAAUACUAAUUUAAUUUGCUAUGGAAAAUCAAGUAAUGCAUUUGAAAAUCUCUGAGAAUUUUUUUAAUAUACAGAUUAAAAUAGAUUUUCAACUCUUUUGCAGUUAAUCAAUCAAAAAAACACAUUCUGAAUGACCUUUUAUUGCACCACCACUAGAAGAUUCAAACUAUUUUAAGAUCAUAUUUCAUUUAUUGGACAAACCUAUGUAGUUUAUUCUCCCAACAUUAUUUGCAACUGCUUAUUUAUUCACCAUCAAUAUGUACAUUCAGAAAACAUUAUAAAAUGAUGAAACCAAUUCCUCCUU